GAUUCAGGUGAGUCAAAUUACACCUUUCUGAGUUCUGGAGCGCAUUGAAUCCGGAAAUGUCACACAGGAACAACGCCACGUUUAGACACUUGUUACACGUUAACACGCGAGUGUAAACACGCGUUCGACUCAUUUUAACGUGUCUACUUUUGCUUAGUAAACACUCUGCUAUGCCUGGUUUAGAUUACAAGUUCCUGGAGCGACCGAGACGCCGCUUUCUGUGUCCUUUGUGCAGUAAACCGAUGAGGGAACCUGUCCAGGUGUCCACCUGCGGUCACAGGUACUGUGACACCUGUCUGCAGGAGUUUCUCAGUGCCGGCGUGUUCAAGUGCCCAGAAGAUCAGAUGCCUCUCGACUACGCUAAAAUUUUCCCGGAUGUCGAGUUGGAGCAGCAGAUUCUGGCUCUGCCCAUCCGCUGCAUUCACAGUGAGGAAGGUUGCCGCUGGUCAGGACAGAAUAAACAACUACAGGUCCAUCUCUCAGUAUGUACCUAUAACGUGGUGCCGUGUCCUAACCGCUGCAUGAUGAAGCUGUUGCGCCGUGAUCUUCCUCAGCACCUGCAGCAUGACUGCACCAAGAGAAAGCUGCGCUGUGACCACUGCGCUGAGGAGUUCACCGGGGAAGCACAUGAGAGACACCAGGACAUGUGUCCAGAGGAGAGUGUGUACUGUGAGAAUAAGUGUGGGGCUCGUAUGGUGCGCAAGUUGCUGACGCAGCACAGCGUGUCCGAAUGUCCUAAACGCAAACUGUCCUGUAAAUACUGCAGCAAAGAGUUCCUGUACGACACCAUUCAGCAUCAUCAAAGCCAGUGUCCACGCGUCCCAGUGCAGUGUCCUAACAGCUGCGGCACACCCGGCAUCACCAGAGACGAUUUAACCAUUCAUGUUAAGGAGAGCUGUGGGACCUCUAUGGUGCUCUGUCCCUUUAAGGACGCCGGCUGCAAAUACAGAUGUUCCAAGCCUGCAGUGUCCCUUCACCUGGACGAGGCCGCUCACUCUCACCUGUCUUUACUCAGCAGUCUUGUUUCUAGGCAGAGACUCGAGCUGCGAGAGCUGAGGCGUCGUGUCGAGGAACUUUCCGGAACCCAAGACGGGACUUUGCUUUGGAAAAUCCCCAACUACAGCCGUCACCUACAAGAAACCAGAAAUUGCUCGAAUGGAACGUCGGAGCUCUUCAGCCCCGUUUUCUACUCUCAUCGCUAUGGAUACCGUCUCCAAGUGUCCGUCUUUCCUAACGGGAACGGCAGCGGCGAAGGAACAUACCUCUCCGUCUAUAUCAGAGUGCUCCCGGGUGAGUACGACGGCCUGCUGGAGUGGCCGUUCCCUAACCGCGUCACCUUCUCACUGCUGGACCAGAGCGACCCAGCACUGUCCAAACCUCAACACGUCACCGAGAGCUUCAGCCCAGAUCCCAACUGGAAGAACUUCCAGAGACCUCGACCUGGAGCAAUCGGGAGCGUACGUACCAGCCUUUUGGACGAGAGUAUGCUGGGAUUCGGCUACCCCAAGUUUAUCUCGCACGAGCAGAUGAAGCAAAGGAACUACAUCAGAGACAACGCCAUCUUCAUCAAAGCUUCUGUAGACGUGGUGCAGAGAAUAAUCAACUAACCCAACUUGAGUUAAAAGGAGUUGAAGCAAACCAGUAAAAUCAUCCUUUAUUAUUAAGGCAUGAUUAUAAAUGGUCGCGGUUUGUCCGCUGUCGGUUUUAGUCUUUGAGGAAAAAGAGAAGCCUCGAUAAAGUGUAAGUAAGGGACAAUAGGAUGGGUGUAGAAUAAAAAGUAGGCUAAUAGUUUUUUUUUAGAUUAAUCGUCCUGUUAGAUUUGAAAUAAUCUCACUGCUAAUAUACAGGGAAGAGUUGUUCACAAACGUUCAUUCAUUCAUUCAUCUUCUACCGCUUAUCCGAACUACCUCGGGUCACGGGGAGCCUGUGCCUAUCUCAGGCGUCAUCGGGCAUCAAGGCAGGAUACACCCUGGACGGAGUGCCAACCCAUCACAGGGCACAGACACACUCUCAUUCACUCACGCAAUCACACACUACGGACAAUUUUUCCAGAGAUACCAAUCAACCUACCAUGCAUGUCUUUGGACCGGGGGAGGAAACCGGAGUACCCGGAGGAAACCCCCGAGGCACGGGGAGAACAUGCCAACUCCACACACAAGACGGAGGCGGGAAUCGAACCCCCAACCCAGGAGGUGUGAGGCGAACGUGCUAACCACUAAGCCACCGUGCCCCCCCUUCACAAAGAUUGAGUCAAGUAAAAGUAGUGAUAUAAUAAUUUAAAGUGAACGUCGUAUGUGGUGAACAGCUACUGAACAAAACGUCUCACCACUAAUCUGAAUACCUUCUGUAUAAAACAUUCUACUAACUAGAAAAAUGCCACCACCUCCAUUAUCGAGUGCAUACAAAGAAAACUAUCGCUAGCAGCAUUUAGCUAAGCUAUGUCUAUCAUGUUAUACAAAUAAUGCAUGUUCUGCUUUUAGCUACAUUGUUAGCUAUCUAGCAAAAAGCUUCACACGUUACUGUAUAGGUCAUAGCGGCACAGAUUUAACUUCUGAACGUCAAAGUGACUUCUGGUUCAUUACAGAGCUUUAAUUCUGUAACGUGUCACUUUAGAGACGUAACUGGGUAGUCGGUCAGUCACUCAGCUAGCUAAAGGUUUAGCAUCUACUAGUCAGAUGUCUAGUCUCCAGGGAUUGUAAACAAAACUCAAACAUACUGUGAUUUAUUUUAGACUUUAAUAUUCCUUAAGUGUCAUCAAUGUACUUUUGUAAUAGUUCCUCAUGUUUACCAGGCUGAAGAUUCUCCACAAGAGGGCGCUAUUAUUACCCAGUUUAAAUCGAUGGGUAUCAGUAGAUAUAUAGAAUUGAUUCAGUGUAAUUUUACAGCCCUAAGGACCAAAUUAGAAGUUGUAGCUUGAUGGAUUGCAGUGUCCCACUUUUCUUGUAGCACUAGUAUAAGAAUCUUUGGAAGUCUUACUGGUGUAACAGCAGCAGCAGCAACAGGGCCAGUGGUGAAGACUUAAAUACUUUUCUAUUUAAAUGCAGUUUGUGUCAUGAUUUAAAAGAUGUGUGUAUUCCACAUGUGUUUCUUACUUGAAAAUAAUUAAUAAUAAAACUCCUUGAUAUCUCCUGA